GUGCAAUGACCCAAUACAUGCCUAUAGAAAUCUUAGAUAAAGUGAAUCCAAAGGAAGUACCAGAUGUCCAAAGUAUCGCACCUGAUGCUGAAAUUGAUUAUAUACUUAAAGUUGACUUAGAAGUUUUAGUAUACUUACAUGACUUCUUUGCAGAUUACCCUUUAGCAUUAGAAAAGCAG